UAGUAGUUGUUAUACCAUCAUCACUCAUCGGCUAGGUAGAGAGGGAGAGAGUUUCAAAAUCAAACAAAGGGGGUGAAAUGUCUUCUAGGGUUUUCAAGGGUUGCAGGGCCCUGUUGGCCGCAGCGAAGGCGGAAACCGCCAAAUCCACCGCCGCGAAGAAGGGUACCGCCACGAAGAAGGGUACCGCCGCCGCCAAGGCCACCAAGCCACUUUCAUCCUCGCCACGACCACCAAAACAACCUUCAACAGUGGCUCGAUCCUCAGGCAUUCUGAAGGUGUCUCCUAUAUCACCAGCCCUCAGCGAAUUCCUUGGCGUUCCCGAGAGCUCUCGCACCGACGCCGUCAAGAAGAUCUGGGCCUACAUCAAACUCCAAGACCUUCAGGACCCCGUGGAUAGGAAGGUGAUUUGUUGUGAUACCAAGCUGAAGACGGUGUUUGAUGGGAAGGACAGAGUUGGCUUCCUGGAGAUUGGAAAGUUGCUGACCCAACAUUUUGUGAAGACUGGUUGACUGCUUCUGAUGUUUGUUUAGAAUUCAUUGAGCAAGCUCUCGUUAACCUUUGAAUUGUUGAUGUUGCUUUUGGUUAGAAGUGAACUCUUGGGUCUGGUUUCUAACUCGGAAGAUCUUAUUAGCUGGGACACCUUGUAGAAAUGGGUAGAUAUGUAGAUUGAAAAACCUCUUCUGUGUUUCUGGUAUUGGUCUCUUAUCAUUUUCAUUCAUUUUUUA